AUGGCUGAACAAAAGAGUUUUGCAGGUUUUGACAUAGCUCAACAAAAUCAUUAUUACUGGUACUGGCAAAAGGUGAAGCGAGAAUUCCAGCCACACCAGAGUUAUCACUGUGGCCACUGGUAUGAGCGACAACAGGGCAGUCACCCUCUUUCUGGCUACAGUAACGGCUGUGAAUUGGGUGGAAAUGGAGACAGUCUUCAUUCCACGCUUGAGACCCCAGAACACCUAGCUGGGACUUCAGUUAUUAUCUGUGAGGGAACCACAGCUCUGGCUGAAAACCAAGAUGAAGAUCCACUAGAAGACAAUCCAAACCUUCACUUCAAUAUUGAGACAUUAAACACAGAGUUUAUCGUGAGAAGUGAGGAACUCUAG